AUGAGGAUAAAGCACCAAGAGGUAAUCUCUGACUCCUUACUAAUUGUAAACCAAAUUAAUGGUGAGUAUGCAGCAAAAGAUGCCAAGAUGGUUGCAUACCUAGAGGUAGUAAGAAACCUCAUAAAGGAAUUCAAGUUCAAAAUUGCACAAGUGCCUAGAAACUUAAACACUAAAGUAGAUGCACUAGCCAACCUUGGAUCCAACAUCAAUCCUGAUGAGUUCGGAGCUACACCAUUAGUACAUGUUAUGUAUCCAUCCAUAGAGAAGGAAUCAACCAUGAAUGUCUACGAAGUACAAGAAAACCCUACUGAUGAAGAAGACAGCUGGACAAAACCUUUCAAAGACUUUCUCACUAACAAAGUAGCACCGAAAGGGAAAGUGGUUGCGCAUGCAUUCGUCAUGAAAGCAUCCAAAUACUGUCUAAUUAGCAACGUACUCUUCAAGAAGUCAGCAGCUAGUCCAUACUUGAGGUGUUUAGAGAAACAAGAAGUACAACAAGUCCUGCAAUCAUUACAUAGUGGGGAGUGCGGAAAUCAUUUUGGAGGAAGAAACUUAGCCAACAAGGCCCUCAGAAUGGGGGUAUUACUGGCCCAGGAUGUAGCAGAGUUCAUUAAGAAAUUUCUAGCAUGUAAUAAACAUGCACCACUGACUCAUCAACAAUCUGAAGAGCUACAUCCAACAUUAACACCUUGGCCAUUUAUGAAAUGGGGAAUAGAUAUAGUCAAGUUACCUCCUUCAUCAGGGCAAAGAGUGUAUUUUCUAGCAAUGACAGAUUACUUAUCCAAAUGGAUGGAAUUCGAGGCAUACAAGGACAUCAUAUCAAAGAUAAACACGUCAUUCAUUCAUCAAAAGGAACAUACUGUGCAGAUUUGGCGUACCACAGAAAUCAUUACAGACAACGGGUAUCCUCAAGCAAACGCACAAGCAGAGUCAAGCAACAAAGUUCUUAUCAACAUAAAGAAAAGAUUAGAAGGUGCAAAAGGAAAAUGGGCAGAUGAACUACCCAGCAUACUUUGGGCAGAUAGGACAACACCAAAAGGUGCGACAGACCAUACUCCAUUUUCACUAGUGUACGAGUGUGAGGCAGUGAUCCCUAUGGAAGUGGAAGUCCCAACUGCAAGGUACGGACUAAUGACAAAAGAUAGAAAUCAAUCUGAGCUAGCAUACAACCUAGACACUGUUAAAGAAAUCAGAGACGACGCCAAGAUGAGAAUGGAAGCCUAUCAGCAAGAAGUUGCAAGAAUUUUUAACAAGAAUGUAAGAGUCAAGAUCUUCAAGGUAGGAGAUUGGGCCCUUAGAAAGGUAUACGAAAACACAAGAGAAGUAAACACUGGAAAAUUAGCACCUAACUGGGAAGGACCAUACGAGAUCACAAAGGUAGUAGGCAAUAGAGCGUACAGAUUAAGGAAUGUAGAAGGGAAAGAAGCUAAGUCCAACGAAGCUGGAAUGCAACACAUUUGA